CUCCAAACGACCACCUCCGCCAAGCAGGUCAAAUGGAAUUGGGAAAUGCCGCCGAAGAAGCAACUACACUCUACACCACCAUCACCACCACCACUCCAUCCCUCCAACACUCCAACACUCCAUCACUCACUCCAUCAGGGAUGACCCUCUCCCUUCAAUUCAUCCUUUCAUCCUGCUCACCCCUGAUGCAGCCCUAUGCCCAUACCUCUACACUAGUCGAUGCACCACCAUCUAUCCAAGUAUCAACCUGCGUAACAAACAAACCGAGGCGAAACCUUCCACAACCUCGCGCGCGCAUCUGAUUGCGAUGCUUCCAGACAUUUAUUCCUGACAUCUCCAUACUCGGGCUAGCGACAUGAAGCAUCGCUGCCACCCCGGAAUCUCGUUAUCAGUUGACUCGCAUUGCUUCUUCUUCUUUUCCCGUCUCGAGCGCCCAUUCCAUUCAGGCCCGGAAUCAACCGUCCGCCUGCACACCCUCCCGUCUACGCGUCAACUCUCAAAGUUGCG